AUGGCUUGGAUAACCACCGAAGCGCCCACAACCACCGAAACCUCAACAACUACCGUAACUCCUGCAACCACCAAAGCGCCCACAACCACUGAAACCGCAACAACUACCGUAACUCCUACAACCAACGAAGCGCCCACAACCACUGAAACCUCAACAACUACCGUAGCUCAUACAACCACCGAAGCGCCCACAACCACUGAAACCUCAACAAUGUCAGAAUCCCCUAAAUCCACAGAAGCGCCUUCAAUCACCGAAGCGCCCACAACCACCGAAACCUCGACAACUACCACAGCUCCUACAACCACCGAAGUCCCCAUAAUCACCGAAGCACCCACAACCACCGCAGCAUCAACAAAUACCGAAGCCCCUACAACCACCAACGCCAAUACAGCUACCUUUGUGCCUAAAACUAGCGAAGAUGCUACACCAACUAAAUCAUUUUCAACAACUACAUUUCAUACACGUCCUUGCGAAUCUUCGACUAUGGUUACUUUGCAUACACCAGAGAGCAAAUGUGACAUCCCAUCAUCGUAUAUUGGUGCUCUUGCUGUUGGAUGGGCUUUUGCUGCGGUAGAACUUGUUGUAAUUAUCGCUUUGGUCACUGUUCAUAUCAGAUAUCGGCGGGCUGUGAAACUAACAGAGGAAAUGAACGAAGCAAACAUGAAAAAUCCAAAUUAUGAUACCCUCGUACAUGGACCUUAUGCGGAUGAUCUUCUAGAAGAUGAGAAGCACACAUAUUCCAGCGUCUCUGAUGAAAACAUGACCAUGACCGCUAUGUAAUCAAGACAAUUAUAGAACACAACCACAGACCGACAGUACAAUGCAUUUGAGUUGAACAACGAUUCUACCUAAAUGAAGUUCUUCGGGUGGAGGAGUUGAUAAUGUAAAAUCAGCGAGAUAAAGUAUUCACAAAUGAGCACAUCGAAGUGCAUAUUUAACCAGGGAAAUUGUAUCUGAGGUGGUAUAGUAUUCUUCUUUUUAUCUAAACUACGGCGAACGUUUUUAGAAGUGGAAAGAAAGUUAGUCAAAACUUAAGUGUGUAUGGAAUAAGUUUACCUGCAUAAUGGUCCACACAGGACACUACCAUUGAUUCCAGCCUGUGUCACAUUAGGCAAGACAGUUACACGAAUAUAUAGAAUGUAUGUAGAGGAAUGUUCAAUUAAUUUUGAUAUAAGACCUAACAUGUUUGGCUCUUAUAGGUAGCUCUGAAAAAUGGAUACUGUCAUCUUGUGUUCUAAACAGUUAAACAUUUAUUUGACAUUGCACAACAGUUGAAUGUUAAUUUGAUAAGAAUGUGUUUGCAAUUUGGCUCGUGUUUUAUUUAUAAGUGGACCAAUACCUGUCCGUGAAGGAAAAUAUCAGCAAUGUAAUGGAAUUGAAUAGGUGUACAAUUAUCAUUCUAGAAUGUUAACUAUGAAGAUAUAUUAUACAAAUGUAUAUUAAACAGGAUUACUAGAAAACACUUCUAUUCAAACACGCACUUUAUCCCAUACAACUUCCGUAUCGCAUACACCUUCCGUAUCUCAUACACCUUCAGUAUCUCAUACAUCUUCCGCAUCUCAUACAACUUCCCUAUCAUAUACACCUUUCGUAUCUCAUACAACUUCCCUAUCUCAUACACCUUCCACAUCUCAUUAAACAUCCAUAUCUCCUACCCUUUCUGUAUAGCAUAUAACUAUCGUAUCGCAUUCAACUUCCGUAUCACAUACAUUUCUUUAUCUCAAUAAUCUACCUUAAAGUUUACAACUAUCGUAUUUCCUUCAAUUAUCGUCUUUUCGACAACUAUUGUAAACGAUACAAUUAUUAUCUCUCAUACAAUUAAUGCAUCUCAUUUAACUACCAAUAUCCAACACAGUUUAGAAAAAUUAUGUUGGUUCAAGUCAAGGAGAUCGCGUUGAUGAACAAACGACAGAAGAACGUUAUUAUUUAUGUAUGGGGAUCAAUGGCAUGGACGUCAAAAGGACUUCAAUGUAUAGUAAGUUAAUUAAGAUGGACUAUAAAUAAUUUGCUUGCAUACACGGAUAUGAUUGUAAAUCGGCAAUUUUUCACAAAAGAAAAACAAUGACAAAAUUCAUAUAAAAGUGAACCCGACUAUGAAAACAUCGGUGGACGUUAAUUUUCUGUUUUCUUCUCUCCAAAUAGAAAGGUGUGUUUUCCAUAGGCGCUCGGACAUUUAGGGAAAUUUCCGAAAGUUAAAGAACAUCAAAGUAGUCCGUUUCUGUCAUAUUGAAAUGAAAUGGACGAGCCAAGAAACAAGCCUGUUUGGAAAAAAUUAUUAAACGUCAGGUCGACAAAUUAAAAUCAUGUUAAAUCAUAAACGAUAUCAACUGAAAUUAUUAAAAUGAAACUACCAUCGGUGAAUGAAA